CUGGAGACAACAAAACCCGAAAGCAUUGCUGCUGACCUUGGCGGAAUAGUAAUGGUCUAUCAAGGGUUAUCGCCAGACCAACCUUACCAUAGCCAAUCGCGAAGAUGCCUUACGCCGGAGUUAUCGACUACAUCGAAGCCCUCGGCCUUCGAACAUUCGGCAAAGAAGUUGAAGACCCCACUGUCAUUGUAAAACGUCCUAAGUUUAAUAAUGAAUAUGUGCGGAGGCUCUACAAGAUCGAACUUCUUGCACUUUGGGGACUGCUACUGCGUGACGAGGGAACUACACUCGACCGCGAUGAUCCUGACCUGUUUGAUGAAGAGCUGGAUGACGUACUUGAAGAGUAUGGUCCCCGAAUCUGGCCUAAAUCAGCUUCCGCAAACAGAUCACACUUGCGAACUCCACAUCCAGGCAGUUUAUACCCAAAGGAGCUUGUAUAUCCGCGAGAUAAAAAAGUGCUCAAACAGCAUCUGCGAAGCAUCAUUCUUUGCAAGAAGGACAACUCCCCCAACCGGGAUGUAGACGCUCUCAUCAACAAAAAGGGCGAGAAACGUGCCUGGAGGAUUACUAAAUCCGCUCCCGUCACACCGAAACGUGGUUUAGAUCGAAAAGGUAGCAUUGGUAGAGUUGCACAGUCGGCUUUCGCAGUACUCCAUCGCCUGCCCUCGUCAAGCGAUGAUCUCGACCUCAGCUCGCCACCUGACACCGACACGGAUGACUCUGUUGUCGGAAAUCGGACUCGUACAAAGUCUUUAAAAAAGGGGAUUAACUCUAAAGUUCACAUGCACUACCCCACUCAACUGCGACUGUAUAAGACUUCUCCUACCUCUGGCGGCUAUGUUUCCCUCCCUGCCAUCGUUCUGACCGGGAAUGAAACCUCCGACGAAUGCUUCACUCGAAUCUGCCAACAGACUGAGUCAGAUUGCAGCUGGAUAAUGUUUCAAUUCCCAGAAGACAUGUCACCUAUCCCUAGAAUACGGGUUGAUCGAGGGUCGCGGGGAUCCGAGGCCCUCUUCCAGAGCGUUCUCGACAUUUUCCGUGCCGCACCUAGGUUCCCUGGAGAUCUCACACGCGUGGUUGAGGUCGAAUGCGGAUUAGAUAUGCUUUUUGAUAUGGAGUGAGACUGACGCGGGGAUUCAGGGGUAGGAAAAGUUCAAUAGCAUCUAUAUUUAAGUUUUCGGUGCUUGAGUCUGGCCAUACUAUGGACAGUAUAUUUUAGCCAUUUCUCUUCAUUUUCUAACCCAUCUGCUGCG